AUGGUAGAAAAGGUCUACGUGACCUACAACCAGGUACACAAGUUAUGUCAAGCCUCGGCCUCCCAUAUCCUCUCCUCCUUCCAACCGAACCUCAUGAUCGCCAUCGGCGGCGGCGGCUACGUCCCCGCCCGAAUCCUCCGCUCCUUCCUCAAACGCCCCGGCAGCCCCAACAUCCCCAUCCAAGCAAUCGGUCUCUCCCUCUACGAAACCCUCUCCAGUUCAGAUCCGGUUGAGCAGCUCGGUACGAAAGUUACAAGGACGCAAUGGCUGGAUCUGUCGAGCUUGGAGAUGAGCAAUUUGGUGGGGAAGAACGUGUUGAUUGUGGAUGAGGUGGAUGAUACGAGGACGACGUUGGAAUAUGCGGUUAGGGAAUUGGAGAAGGAUGUGGAGGCUGCGAGUGAGAAAUUAGGGAGAAGUGGGGAGAAGACGCGGUUUUGUGUUUUUGUGCUACAUAACAAGGACAAGACGAAGAAAGGGAAUUUGCCGCAGCAAAUGAUGGAUGAGGGUAGGUAUCUGGCUGCCAAUACAGUGGGAGACGUUUGGAUAUGCUAUCCUUGGGAAGCUACUGAUAUCGACGAGCACGAUCAGUUAGCUGCUUCUCAACCAAUGUUGACCCACGCCCGCGUUCUCGAAAUGAACAUCACCUGUUGCAAGAUCCUACGAGCAAGGUUCCAACCCCAGCAUGACUCAGAAGCACUUGCGAGAUUUGAGACCGUAAUCACGCUUUGCACAAAGUGGCUGGAUGCCAUGGAGAAGCACGGAAGCUGCACCAUCAUCCCAGACACCGGCAAAUGCGUCACCUGCAAGCUCUCAUUCUCGACGACCCGAGACCGCACAGACGAGAUCGUCCACUGCUGUUUCAGCCGCGCUCACACCCAGUGCUUGGAGACCUCCGCUCCCGACUACAGUCGCAAAGACUUGACCACCACUUGCGGCAACUGUUCGGGGACAUUGACGGAAGAGGUCUAUGAGCGCAUUGAAAAAUAUGCUGAUUUGUGCGUGCCACGGGAGAGUCGAGGAUUGGUCAAGAAUGUCAAUUGGGCGGCACAUCUGCAGAGUAUGGGGUUGGAUUUGGGUCGGCUUGCUUCUUGA